UAAACAAAACCACCCACCCUCCCAAUACAAUAUUCUUUCUCAACCUCCUGUUCACGGCCCCCUUUUUUUUUUUUUUUUUUUACACCCCAAUUAUCAUGUUGUUGUUGUUGUUGUUGGGUCAUGUGACAAUGGUGUCUUUCCUCCUUGUUUCUUUCCCGCAUGCUCUUGUUCCUUUGUCUGUUUUCUUUUCUCCUCCCUCCACUCAUACCAAUUAUGCCAUUAUUGUUUCAGAAUACCUUCAAUUUUACAUCUGAUGCCUGCUGCUCAUGGAUCUUGACUGUCGAAAGUUUUGGACUUGUUCCAACAAGCAGAAGCAGCAGCACCAGCAGAAGAAGAAAAAGGAGUCUUGGAAAACAACUCUUCUUCUAGCCUAUCAAAGUCUUGGAGUGGUCUAUGGGGAUUUGGGCAUAUCUCCUCUCUAUGUUUACCAGAGCACAUUUGCUGAAGACAUUCAUCAUUCCGAGACCAACGAAGAGAUUUUUGGUGUUCUCUCUUUUGUUUUCUGGACUCUAACUCUGGUUCCCUUAUUCAAAUAUGUCUUUAUAGUGCUUAGAGCUGAUGACAAUGGUGAAGGUGGGACUUUUGCCCUGUAUUCUUCAAUUUGCAGGCAUGCUAAAGUCAGCAUUCUACCCAACCAUCAGGUUGCUGAUGAAGCGCUCUCUACUUAUAAAUUGGAGCAUCCUCCGGAGAAGAAGAACACUUCGAGGGUAAAAAAGUUGCUCGAGAAUCACAAAUUCCUGCACACAGCUCUGCUUAUCUUGGUUCUUCUUGGCACUUGUAUGGUCAUUGGGGACGGAUUGCUCACUCCAGCCAUUUCAGUUUUCUCUGCAGUUUCUGGGCUUGAACUAUCCAUGUCAAAGAAUCAACACCAAUAUGCGGUCAUUCCUAUUACUUGUUUCAUACUGGUUUGUCUAUUUGCAUUACAACACUACGGAACGCAUAAAGUGGGAUUCUUUUUCGCCCCAGUGGUAUUAGCUUGGCUUCUAUGCAUCAGCGCACUCGGCUUGUAUAAUAUAAUCCAAUGGAACCCACGUGUAUACGAAGCUCUAUCGCCAUAUUACAUGUUCAAGUUCUUGAAAAAGACCAGAAAAGGCGGUUGGAUGUCCUUGGGUGGAAUUCUCUUGUGCAUAACCGGGUCUGAGGCUAUGUUUGCAGACCUUGGUCACUUCUCUUAUACUGCAAUUCAGGUUGCUUUCACAUUUCUAGUUUACCCGUCUCUUAUCUUAGCAUACAUGGGUCAGGCGGCUUAUCUAUCGAAGCAUCAUCAUAGCACUCACAAGAUCAGUUAUUACGCGUCGGUUCCAGAAAGCUUGAGAUGGCCUGUUCUCGUGAUAGCAAUACUUGCCUCAGUUGUGGGAAGUCAAGCUAUAAUUAGUGGUACAUUCUCCAUUAUCAACCAAAGCCAGUCCCUUGGUUGUUUCCCUAGAGUGAAGGUUAUUCAUACAUCUGAUAAGAUACACGGUCAAAUUUACAUCCCCGAGAUCAAUUGGAUUCUUAUGAUCCUCUGCAUUGCUGUCACCAUCGGGUUCAGAGACGUAAAACACUUGGGAAACGCCUCCGGUUUGGCUGUCAUGGCUGUAAUGUUGGUUACUACGUGUCUAACUUCAUUGGUGAUCGUCCUUUGUUGGAACAAGCCGCCUAUACUUGCGCUCGCGUUUCUACUCUUUUUCGGGUCUGUCGAGUUACUGUAUUUCUCGGCUUCAGUGAUUAAAUUCCGAGAAGGUGCCUGGCUGCCGAUACUGUUAGCGCUGUUUCUCGUAACGAUAAUGUUCGUUUGGCAUUACGCCACCAUCAAAAAGUACGAAUACGACCUUCACAAUAAGGUUUCGUUGGAAUGGCUGCUGGCUUUAGGCCCAAGCCUCGGCAUUGCACGAGUCCCUGGAAUCGGUGUAGUGUUCACUAACCUAACCUCGGGUAUCCCGGCGAACUUCUCCCGUUUCGUCACCAACCUGCCCGCGUUUCAUCGGGUGCUUGUCUUCGUUUGUGUGAAGUCGGUUCCUGUACCUUACGUUCCGCCGGCAGAGCGGUAUCUGGUGGGUCGGGUGGGUCCCAUGGCCCAUCGGUCUUAUAGAUGUAUUGUUCGGUAUGGAUAUCGCGACGUUCAUCAGGAUGUGGAUUCGUUUGAAACGCAGCUUGUUGAGAAGCUGGCUGAUUUUAUUCGCUACGAUUGUGGCGUUGACGACGGCGGCAAACAGUCGUCUGGUUCUGCUAGUGAAUGUCGGUUGGCGGUUAUUGGGAUGGUGUCGCUUUCCAACGGGUUGAAUUGUGAGAUUGAGGAGAAUCUGCAGCCGGCUAGCGUUUCGGUAGAGUUCACCACUGUGGAGAGUGUGACUGAUCUUAUUGAGAUGGAGCCGGUGCAGAAUAAGCAGAGAAGAGUGAGAUAUUUCUUGGACGAUGAAUCGGAAGAAUGUGAUGGGCAGUCGUCUUCUUCGAAGAAGGAGGUUCCAUUGCAAGAAGAAGAGUUGAGAGAACUGUAUGCGGCUCAACAAGCUGGAACUGCGUUCAUUUUGGGGCAUUCUCAUGUGAAGGCAAAACAAGGGUCUUCCUUUUUAAAGCGGCUUGCACUCAAUUAUGGUUACAACUUUCUUAGUCGCAAUUGUCGUGGCACAGACGUGGCUCUUAAGGUACCUCCGGUGUCUCUUCUUGAAGUUGGGAUGGUCUAUGUCGUCUAAAUCCAAAGCUAGUGAUUUUAUUUGCAGAUUAGUAAAUGCAGAGUUGUUUUUCUUUCUAUUUUCCUUCACUUUUAUUCUGUGUAUUCUCAUUUCUCUCAUCUUCUUUCCAUUUCCCCCUUCCCCCAGCAUAUACACAAUCAAGAAAGUUAGAGUGUGAUGGUAAAAAAUACAUUUUUAUUUUGAACUUAUAAACUAUCCUAUCAAUAAACCACCCAGGAUAGACAAUUUCAAGCC